AUGAGUAAAGACGAAUUUUUUAAUCAGCCAAUAUUUCAAUUAUCACAAACAAACUUGAGAGAUUUAGAUAGAUCUGUAUCCCCAAGAGAGAUUGUAUCUAACAAUGAAUAUGACAAUUUGAGUGAAGAUGAAAACUUACCAAUCAAACCUCGUCCAAUAAGUACCAACAAGCAAUUUAACGACUUAUUACAAGAACAAAUUGAUUUAACAUUAGCUUCUUCUAAUAAUCCUACGGCAGUCUUGGAAUUGGAUUUGGAUUGUAAUAUUAAAUAUUUGAGUAAGAAUUGGGAGUUGAUAGUUGGUACAAAGACUAAAAAGUUGAUAUCGAAGCCUAUAUCUAAUUUUAUAAUAGGUAAUGAAAACGAUGUUAAAGUAUUCAAUAAUGCCACAGAACAGAUGAUAAAAGACGAUGACAGUUACAAGGUCAGAUUUAUAACGGCAACAAAUGAUCAAUCCGUAGUUGAAUAUGACAUCAACGACACACCCAAUAAUUCACAAACCAAUAUUAACGAUAGUAUCAUGGAUUAUGAUUUGAAAACUGAGGCUUUGGACGAGGCCGAUUUUGAUACUGAAGUUAUCGACAUUGAUGACGCUAGUAGUGAUACUUCGUCAAAAUUGUCAAAUAAUGGAGAUAUAAUAGAAUUAGAAGCCCAAGGUAUUUUAAUCCAUGAUUCAAAAAACCUACCCACUCAUUCAAUUUGGACUGUUAAGCCUUAUAUACCGAUUGAUUUACAACUUAGUAUACCCGAAAGAUUGAUAGAUUUAUUAGGGUUUGGUUCCCAAUUAUUUGAAACUUAUCUCAAGGAACUUACUGAUGCUAAUAUCGGCGAUGUCAAUUUAGUCCCUCAACCUCAAACCAUUUUAUGUAGAAUUUGUGAACAACAAAUUCAAAGUUGGUUUAUGGAGAAACAUAGCGACUUGUGCUUUGUUGAACAUAGAACUACUGAAGACUUGCAGAUUUGUCAUGAUUUAAUUAGUGAACAAAAAGAUCAGAUUUUGAAAAUUUAUGAAAGUUUAUAUUAUCAGAGUUAUAAUCCUGUGCUGCCAAAUUCUUCACAAAAUUCCCUUAAUGAUUCAAUGUCGUCACUUGUAACAGAUUAUAAGGGAAUCCCUUUACCCAGUUUAUUGGCUCCUCAGCAUAGCUCUAAUAAUAGUUCCCAACAUGGCUCAAAUCCGGGGUCUAAUCCAGGAUCCAAUCCUCCAUCACCAGUUUUCACUCCUAUGAAUGUGGUCGAUACUUCGAAGCUGAUACUACCAAUUAAAAGAUUCCCCUUUGGAAUAUUAUCCAGAUUAGUUGAUUUAUGUGACGAAGCUUUGACAAUUAAUCCCAUUGAAGUUGAUGAAGAUGGUGAAAUUAAGUUCAGUCCAAAUACUGAGAAAUCCAUUAAUACAAUACUUAAUUUUAAACCUUUUGAAACCACUGACAAAUCUAUCAAGUUGAUAAUCGAAGACACGCAACGAUUAAUUAAUGAUAAAAUCGAUACCUUGUCAAGAUUAUACUCCGUGUUGAAAAUAUCGGAGAAAAUCAAGAAAGAAGUUGACGAAUUGGUUUUACAAUCAGUCGCUAGUACUGUGUCCCAAUUGAAUGAGAAUGUAAAUGGGAGCCUUUCAUUGAAUUCACCAACGGAAUAUCAAUUUGGCUCUCCUAGGAACAAUUUACCUGCCACCACCGAUUCUCCAUUGUUAGAUAACAUCACAAUGGAUGAUUCCAAUCUUCAGAGUAAUUUUUCAAACCCUUAUAAUUUACAACCCCCACCAUCGAUCACAUCCGUAACGCCAAAAGAUAUUCUUUUGAGAGGUAGAUCUUCGUUUGUUGAAAUCCCAAGAUCUUCUAAUUCUGUUAGUUCAGUAUCCUCAAAAUCAUCCAAGGACAUGAUCGAAGGCAUGAACGAUUUGUCCUUAAAGAAGGAUGUUUAUUCAAGUCCAAAAAGAGGAGUUUCCCCUAUAAAUACUUACCAAGGAAACUUUUCAUCAUUCCAGAGAAAUACCCCUUCAUCUAGUCCGUUGAUUUCACACUUUACUACGGGUUCUAGUCAUUCCAAUUCGUCCCAUUCGAACUCAAAUUCGAAUCCUAACUUUCUUUCCCCAUCAGCAUCAGGUCAGCAGACUCCUAAUCAACCACAUAAUUUACCAUUUCAUCCUCAACAUCACGGAUCGAUCCCUCUACAUAUGCAAAGCGUAUCUCGAAGAGGUAGUGUAGGAUUUGAUGACAAGUCAAUCUUAAAUUCGAAAAUAAAGCCACCUUUGUCGCCGUUGCUUGUUAGUCAAACCCCGACGACGAAGCCUCCGACAGGUUCAAUCAAGGAUUACGAAAUCUUAAAAGCUAUCAGUAAGGGGGCAUUUGGCUCAGUUUUCUUAGCCAAAAGGAAGUUAACAGGUGAUUAUGUUGCAAUUAAAUGUUUGAAAAAAUCAGAUAUGAUAGCCAAAAAUCAAGUCUUGAAUGUAAAGAGUGAGAGAGCUGUUAUGAUGAAACAAUCAGACUCCCCAUAUGUUGCCCAAUUGUACAAUUCAUUCCAAAGUAACAAUUACCUCUAUUUAGUAAUGGAAUAUUUGAACGGAGGAGAUGUUGCUACAUUGAUCAAAAUGUUGGGUACAUUGGAAAAUGAUUGGACCAAAAGAUACGUUGCUGAAGUCAUUGUCGGUGUAAGUGAUUUACACCAAAGAGGUAUCAUUCAUAGAGAUUUGAAACCAGAUAAUCUUUUGAUUGAUUCUAACGGACAUUUGAAAUUAACUGACUUUGGUUUGAGUAGAGUGGGUGUUAUAGGAAGACAAAACAGGCUCCAAAGGAAGAGCAGUAGUUCAGAACAUGGAAUUGAAUAUUUCCGGAAAAGUCUCCAAUUAAAUCAACACUCAUUUGGUUCUCAAACUCCUACCAGUGCGGUCUUCAGUGACUCUCCUUUGGGUGACCAUAAAAGAACCAGUAGUGUUACACCAUUUUCUUUGUCACCAUCAAUCGAGCAUCAUAAAGUAUAUGGUACUUCUCCUUCGACUGUUGAGAAGUCUAUACCUUUGAGAUCUAAUACAAGCGGUGGUGGUGGGGGUUCCAUUCUGAGUAUAGACUCUCCCAACUUGAAACCAUGUAUUCCAAGAACUGCAUCAGAAACAUCAUUUGUAUUAGUUGAUGAUGACAUGCCAUCGCCGUCCCAGAAUGAAAUCGUGAAUUCAUUCACCAUCUAUGACCCGAAGACCAACAAUGAAACUGUCACUAGUGAUAUCAAGUUCGUAGGUACACCUGAUUAUUUAGCCCCAGAAACUAUCAGAGGUGAUGGACAAAGUGAAGCAUCAGAUUGGUGGUCAUUAGGUUGCAUAAUGUUCGAAUUCUUGUUUGGAUAUCCGCCAUUCCACGCUUCCACUCCUCAGCAGGUGUUUAACAACAUCUUGUCCGGUGAAAUAGACUGGCCACCUUUGGAGCCAGAUGAUUUUAAUAGAAUUUGUCCACCGGUAUCUAGGGAUUUGAUUACAAAAUUGUUGACAGUGGAUCCAGAGAAUAGAUUGGGUUAUGGUGGGUCCGAUGAAAUCAAAGGACAUCCUUAUUUUAAAGGAAUCGAUUGGGAUAACUUGUUCAACCAAAUUCCUUCCUUUAUACCAAAUUUGGAUGACCCUGAAUCGACUGACUAUUUUGAUCAAAGGGGUGCUGACAUCUCCCAUUUCCCUAAGGAUGACUCCAGUGAUGAUGAUCAGAAAAAUAAUGAAACUGAAAACGCCAUAGCCAAUCAUAACGGUAGUGGUAGUAAUAAUGCAACCAGGGUCAACAGUUUGAGAAGUGACAAAAGAAUCAAUAGUAUAAAUUCCUUGAACAGUGAAAUAAGCAUCAGUAGUUUUGGUGGUAAUGGUAGUGAUAAAGGAAGUAGAGGGGGAAGUAGAAAUGGAAGUAGACAUGGAAGUAUCAGUGGAAUGGGUGGGGUUGUCCCAACCUUGACUAACACUAAUAGCACCAGUCGAAGCGGAAGCGUGAACACUAAGAAAGAGCGUAGAGGAAGUAAAUUAUCAGAUCCUAGUGAAUUUGGAUCAUUUUAUUUUAGAAACUUGAAUAUCUUAGAAAAAGCCAAUAAGGAUGUCAUCAAUAGAUUGAAAAACGAGCAUUUAGAAAGGAGUUAUUCUUCUUCUUCAUCGGAGUCAACGCCUAGUAGACAAAGAGGUUUUUCAUUCGGUCAAUCUAGCGUCAACGUAGGACCUUCAGUAACCCAACAAUCGAGCUCUCCGAGUCUCAAUGUUGUUCCUACAAAUUCUACAUCGUCUGGCUCAAUGACGAGUUCCAAUCACAAUUCAAUUUCGGGACCAAGUUCUAAUGUGGGAAUGGGCAUCACCAAUUGGAGUGCUAAUAACUUGCUACCUCCUGAUACACCAACAAAUCCAGGAUUUAAAGACUCUUCUCCAUUCAAAAGGCCAGUGUCACCUAUCAUAUUGGCUAAUAGAGCACCGUCUCCAAUGAGAGAAUUUGGAAGUCCUCAUUUCAGGCCUACCACAGAUGAUGACUUGCCAGAGUUUGGAAAGCUUACACCAACCGAACUGUUGAGCCAACCCCCAUUGGUAUCACCAUCUUAUAUGAAUUCUAACUUAAAUCCACAUGCUAGCAUAUUGACACCUAUUGGCCAACAUUCUCCUCAUCCACAUCAUCCUUUCCCAAUAAGACAUAGGUCAAGUGGAUCAUCAUUAAAAUUCAAAGAUUCUGCCAGUUCUUCUGAUACUGAAGAUAAUAGUAAAGCCUUAUUAAGAGUUCAAAAAAGAAGAGAAAGUUCUAGACGUCAAGUCGUUGAUAUGAAUGAAUUGGAUAUCCUAUAUUGUGAGGCUAUUCCCAUCGUGAGACAUAUGAACUAUAAGUUAUUUGAGAAAAUGGGAUGUGUGGUAGUCACAGUAAAUGAUGGGGAUGAUUUGAUCAGGAGAGCAACCAGUCAAGUCAAAUUUGAUUUGAUUUUCACUGCGUUGAAGCUUCCAAAAAUCGGGGGUGUUGACGCAAUCAAGUUGAUCAAACAUACUCAAGGUAUUAACUCAAGUACCCCAAUUAUCGCUAUAACUUCCUUCGCCAAAGAGGCUGUUCAAAGUGGUCAAUUUGAUUAUGUUCUAGAGAAACCUGUUGAUUAUAACAAUUUGAAGGCUUGUAUUCAAAAGUUCAAAAUUUAUAAGAAUGAUGAAGCCAUCGAAAGUGAUAAUGAUAAGUAG